GGUAACUGCCCCUCCCCCUCCUCUGUGGCCAUUUUGUGUUAGACCAUCCAGAGACAACAAGCCAGCAGAGAGGACAGUGAGGAGUCAUCAGGGAACACACUGGAAGUUCUCCUGGCUUUGGGGGAUACACCGGGGUGUUAAUCAUGCCGAGGUGCAUUGUCGCCGGUUGCAGUAGCAAGCAGAACAAAAGCACGGCCGUGAGAGGAGUCAUUUUGCACGUCUUCCCUCCCAACGUUGAUCGGAUCAAAGCCUGGCUGAUGCAUAUAGGACAAGACUUUGGAAACAUUGACGAGUUUGCCCAAAGAGUGUUACAUUCAAAGAAAAACGGUUCAUUCAGGUUAUGUUCGGAUCAUUUUACGCCUCAAUCUUACGUUGAGCAUGCUUCAAAGAAGCUGUUGAGAGUCGAUGCCGUGCCCACCAUCUUUAACCUCAAAGAUGGCGCGAGUCGCCCUUGUGUCAACAAAGGAAUAUUGACGGCUUCCGGAAAGAAUUACAGCACAGUCAGCACGCCGUCGACUAGUAACGUUUCAUGUGCUACCUCCAACGCGUUUCCUUCGUAUAAAGAUGUGUUUUCUAGAAUGGGCUUGUACCACAAAACAAACGAGGCGAGCACACAAACUCAACAAGUCUCCAACACCGUGAAGUCUUUUCAGUGUAACGCACCUUCGAACAUCGUUACUGAUCCUACCAAGAUAGACGAAAUUAGGAAGAAGUUGACAGACAGGAUACUACAGCUCACCCUGGAGAUCAUCUGCCUGCUGACCGGAGAGGAAUGUACAGUGGUGAAGAAGACAUCCGGUGAUCAUGUAAUACCCACCGCUUAUCCUACGUCAGGAGUAAGGAGCAGAAGCCAGGAAGCCGGUGUCGAGCCUUCACCUCUCUCCCUGACGCCCGAGAAAAGCUACAACAAAAUAUUAGAAGUCACCAACAAGAUCAGCCAGCUGCUAACGGGAGAGGUUCCUAUAUGGUGUCAGGAUGCCACUCUCUCUUUCUCCAUGGAGGAGAACAAAAAUUUAGAAGGUUACAAGGAUAUAGACAAGGGCAUCAAAAUGGAUAACCGGUCAACCCGCACAUCACCGGAUGGCUCCAGUAACAGAAAUCCCCCAGAGAGAUGUCCCCGUCCUCUGUAUUCUACAGUGGAAAAUCGCAAGAUUUCCGAUUACCAGGGUGGAAAUCUGGUAGUUAUAAAAGUUGAAGUAAAAGACGAACCAGACGAGUCAGAUGUGAUAUGCGGAGAGCCGUGUAGGGAGGAGGAAAUUUCUACAGAUAUAAGCACAGACUUUGAAGACACCAACAUUACAGAAAAAGACAUCAUAACCGAGGAAGAUGGACAUAUGACGAUUAAGGAGGAAGAAAUUCCUAUAGAGAUCAGCACAGACCCUGGAGACACCAGAGAGACUCAGAGAAACAUCAAGGUUGAAGAGGAGGAAGACGAAAUACAAGUGAGGAUUAAAGUUGAGGAGGAGAAGGAAGAAAUACAAAUUAAAGAAGAGGAGAUUCCAAUGGAGAUCAGCUCAGAUGGAACCUACAAAAUGCAGACGUAUUCCUUUACCCUGCCGGGUGGUGAAACAGAUAAUGGUGACACAGAUGUUUCUUCAGAUGAAUAUCCUGUCACCACAAUUGGCAAUCCUGUGUGGGGCGGUACACAUUUCUCACCAGAUCCCCCUUCACUUGGGAGCUUUUCUGAUCACUCCUAUCCCCUCCCUCUACCUACUGACAGUAGAGACGGUGAGCCAGUCCGGUGUCCCGAGAAGGGCAAAGCGCCUCACGUGUGUCCUCUAUGCAAAAAAUGUUUCUCCGACAAGUCCGUCCUCCGCCAACACGAGAAGACUCACAAACGGGAGAUGCCGUAUACUUGUCUGGAGUGUGGGAAAACCUUCCUGCACAAUUCGAGGUUUAUAUCGCAUCGGAGAAUUCAUACGGGGGAGAGACCUUUUUCAUGUUCCAAAUGCGGGAAAAGCUUUGUAAAUAAACCUGAUCUGGUCAGACACCACAGAACGCACACCGGGGAAAAGCCUUUUUCGUGUUCUGACUGUGGGAAACGUUUCACGCAGAGGGUGCAUCUGGUUACCCAUCAGAAAAAACAUGUCCUUCAGAAGCAUUGACGUGGAUUUUCAUCUUCUUGGCUGAGUCGCGUACUUGGAAGAUGACUACCGUCUGCUGCAGAGUAUUCGGUUUCCUGUCAUCUGAACCGUUGCCCGCUGGCAUACGUAAGACCCAUAUCAGUGGGUAACCUCCCAGGAGCCCUCUCCACUUCCUGUAUGCGAUGACGGAUAAGUCAUCAGUGAGGGAAAUAGACACGCGGGUGGUUAUUUUACUUCUGCACUGAAAAUGAUGAGAUUUCCAUUUUUUUUUUUCCAUGAACUGUACACUACAGUAUACUUACCUUAUCGUUCGGCCUGUAUCAGGCACAUCCCAAGCUGUUUAAGAGAAAUGAAUAGACAUGUGCAUUAGUUUUCGUCCGAAUUUCAGGUAUUUUCGUUUUAACAAACGAUAACGAAAGCACAGAAA